CCCUCAGUGACUUUUCAACGUAAUCGGCAUAAAAUGAGUACCUGGCUUUUAACAUGAUUUUAACUCGUUUUACUUCACUAAAGAUUUCGUCAUUUCGGUAUGGUUCAAUGAGAAGCAAAGUUCCGAAAGUUCAGACAAAUAAGUGGAUACAAGCCUUGCUACCAGUCUGCUAUGGCGAUACUGCUCUUGCGAAACGAGAGCUUCAAUGGAUGAAAGAGGCGGUAACCCUGAAGCAUAGUGGUGAUAAACUGAAGUCAGUAGGCACGCUUUCUCGGAAAGAACAAAAGCAGCUUGACGAAUUUGUUGAACAGCGUGUGUUGAAACAGAAACCAUUACAAUAUAUACUAGGUUCACAACCAUUUUGCGAAUUGGAUAUUAUUAGCAGGUCACCUACUUUAAUACCAAGGUAAAGGAGUGGAGCAUGUCAACAAUUUUGAACCUAUUUUAUUCAGACUAUCCGAUACUUUAGAUGGGAAACAGAAGAAUGGAC